AUGUCUCAAUCUUAAAUAAAAGAACCAGAAUAGCAAUAGUCAAAGGAAUUUGAAUAAGAAGGAAAAGAAGCCAUAAAAGCUGUAUUUACUAAAUUUGAUAAGGAUAAUUCUGGGUAACUAGAUUACUCAGAACUAAAAUAGGUCGCAUAAGAAUUAGGUGUUUAGUUGGAAACAAAUGAAAUUUAAAAUAUUUUCUAAGAACUUGAUGUCAACAAAGACCAAAAAAUUAGCUUUGAAGAGUUUUGGGAAUGGUGGAAAUUAGGUAGACCAAACAAAUUAGAGAAAAUGAUUUAUUACAAACUUAAAUCAAUGAAAUUGUUAAAAAAGGCUCAUGCUGACUUCCUAAGAUUAGGUAGUGCUUUAGAUGUUAAAUACGAUAAAUCUGUUGAUAAGCUGUAUGUAGCUUUGAAUUAUGGCUCGCACCCUGGCGAUACUAGACUUUAGGCAAAGGUACACCUCAAUACAUAGGAAGGCGAGGAUUUAAUUAGAGAGACUUUAGAAGGAUUUUAAAGAAAUGAGAACGAACUAGACCAUUAAGAAAUAGUUGCUAUUGUAAUUAGAAUAAAAUCAAAUAAACCAGAAGAGGCAGCAAAAAAUAUUCAGUUUUUGAUUGACUCUUUAAAAAGUAUGCUUUUGCAGCUUGCAAAUAGUAUGAAUUCUACUGAACUAGUUAACAUAAUAAAUCUUUUUAAGAUCUAUGUUUAGUCUUAUUAAAACGAAGUCAUCAUUAAAUUUAGUUUCCCACCUGAUAUUUAUAAGGGAUUCACUGGCGAUGAUCCUACUGUGAAUUAAAUCACAGCAAUCUACGCUUAAAGUUUUUAUUAGACAAAUCUUAACUUCACUUUGACAGCUGGUAUCAAAAACUCUUUAAAAAAAAUAUCAUCAGAUUUAAACCAAAAAUUUGUUGAUUGGCUCUUUGAAGGCUUUUUAUUCGAAGUUAUCUUAAGCUGCAACCAUUCCUUUACAGAACAGCUAUCUUUGGGAUUUAUAUAAGUAUUUUAAGCCUCACUUGACCUAUUAAAGUAAUCUGCAGAGUAAAAUGAUAUUGUGAAACUAGCAUAUAAUUAAUUGAAUAGAUUGGUUUAAUAAUUGUCUUUAUUAUACUUGCUAAGAUCUGCCAAAUUUCACUUGGUUUUUAAAGACAUAGAAAAUGUUGAGAGCUUUUUUAAUGGAAUAGGAAUGGGAGAAUUACUUAAAAAUUAACCUUCUUGCAAAGAAUUAUUUGACGAAAUAAAAGAAGAAUUUAAUAACUUUGAAGAAUUUAAAGACCAAAACUCUUAUUGGAAUAUUUUAUAUAAAUUCUUCUAAUGCUUUGCUGAAAACUGUGAAGGAUAAGCUUCAAUAAGCAUAAUAUAUAAGAAAAUGAUUGCAUAGCUAGUUUUCUCUAUUGAAGGAUUAGCAGAAAUAUUUGAAUAUUUAAUGAAAUGA